AUGCCGCCUGGCCGCGCUACAAGCUCGGGCCAUAUGUUCCUUAUCGGGCAGUCCCUUAGCAGGAGCUCUCUCUCCAAGGCGCCGGUCCCGCGACGUGAUUACGCGAUGCGUUCGUCGCUCGAAGACAUUCCCGACGAGAUCAUCCGCCAUAUUCUUCUCUACCUGCCGCCAGAACACACCCUCGAAAGCUUCCAACUCAUCGCUCGUCGAUAUCACCACCUUGCAAGCGAGCCCUUGUUGUGGCGAUGGCAUUGUCGGAGCUCGUUUCGCUUUUGGGACCCUAAGCACAAGUUUCAAGAGAAGCUUACGGCGCUCGCGUCUUCGGUCGACUGGAAGGGUUUAUGGAUCACAAGGAAACGGGCGAACAACAGGGCUGCACGGUUGCUGGACGGGGUGAUCUCGACGAAAGUUGGCCAAUUGAAGCGGCUGCAGGGAAUAUGUGAGCUGGGUUACGACGUGAAGGACUACCUGCUGGAGCAGUGCCACGUGGAUGAAACCGCGGAGGAUUUUUUGGCUAGGAGAUAUUAUGCAAACACGGCUCUGGGCAGCAUACACAGGAGCGUGGCUGUGGACCUGUGGUCUCGGUAUCAAGGCCGGGCCUUGAGCUCCGAAGGUCUUGAUACAGCACUGGGUGCGUUUGACAUGUUUGUAUUGCAUGACCAGGAGCAGGAUCUUGAUUACAUCGUACGGACACUCGACGCACUAGCGGAGCAGUUCCGGGUCGAACAUCCGACGUUCGAGAACCUAUCAACCAGAGAAAAGGCCCUAUGCUUAGUCCGCUGGCUGAGAGCGAACCAUCUCACCGGCAUGGAGCAUCCCGAAAUCAACUACCGUAACCUAAGGAACUGCUUCAUUGGCCAUGCGCUGUCUGAAGAGACUCACCCUUCUCUGCCUAUCAUCUCGAGCGCCAUCUUCACCUGUAUUGCGGAACGAUUAGGGUUAAUAGCCUUUUGUCUGGCGUUCCCCAGUCAUGUGCACGCAGCGGUGUAUGCGCCACCCGGGAAGGAUCUCGAUGGCGAGGACACGGACGAAACGGAUGGGGAGAAGAAGCGGAUGUGUCUGGAUCCCUACGGGUCCGACCAAGAGGUUACCCUGAGCGACCUGCGCCUUAGGCUGGUCGAGUUUGGGUGGGCGCAAGGAACAGAGGCAUUUCUCAGACCUUCGCCGGUGCCGAUUAUUGUGCAGAGGACAGCACAGAAUAUCAGGGCGACACGGGACACAGUCCAAAAUCUUACAGACAACGACAUACUUGGGUCUGAAAUGAAGCGCCUGCGGAGUGGCCACCCAGGCCUGAACAUGGAGGCCGCUGAGUACGCUUCCAUGUGGGCAGAGCUCCUCAUGAAGCAAACCACGAGCUUCCACUGGGACUCGAACCUGGAUUCAUUCCUCAGAAAAUUUGCCAUCUCUUGGAGCGAAGAUGUUUGGAUCGUUCGCAAGUACCUAGCCCCGUUAUACGACAAAUUCGUAGCCUCGCAACCGCACAGCAGGCUGCGACAAGGCUGGGAAAACGUCCACGAAAUCCUCGCCAUGCUCGCAAGACUCGAUAACAGGAUACCGGAGGUUAGCCGACGGUACACCGAGGACAUAUCCACGCGGGUCCGGUACAAGAUCGGCCAAGUGUUCCGUCACCGGCGGUACGGGUACAUUGGUAUUAUCAACGGCUGGGCGGCGAAGGGCAGCUAUAGCCUCCCAAUGCCGCAUUAUCUUAAUGCUGCCGAGGCCGAGGAGGAAGGGGAUGUGUAUGACCCUACCGAAUCUGUGCAUUCGAGCAGGAUGGGCCCCCAGAGGACAUAUUAUACCUGCCUGAGGCCUACUGUCGACCGGCUACGAGUAGCUCAGGAGAAUGUCGUGAUCGUCACUGACCCCAGCGUCAUCCCAGACGAGCUCUUCUUUGUGGCGGGCAAGUUUUUUCGGCGAUUCGACCCCGAUACCUGCACAUUUGUGUCGAAUAUUAGAGAAUAUUACCCUGAUGAUUGAUGAGCUGGCCGACAGGCAUUGGAAACGAUGUAGGGUAUUGGUUGCUCAGGAUAUGAGCAUAAUCGUCAAUGGGAUUAAAUUGAUGCUC